AUGCUGAGUGACACCCCCUCACCUUGCUCUGCCACCCCCCGUCCCCUGAGUCCCAACCCCCCCCCCACCCCGUGCCCCCUCACCCCUUCAUCCCUCCACCCCCUGCUCCCCCCCAUACCCUCAGUCCCAGCCCGCUGCCCCCCCCUCACCCCCCUCAGUCCCAGCCCGCUGCCCCCCCCUCACCCCCCUCACCCCCUCAGUCCCAGCCCGCUGCCCCCCCCUCACCCCCCUCACCCCCUCAGUCCCAGCCCGCUGCCCCCCCCUCACCCCCUCAGUCCCAGCCCGCUGCCCCCCCCUCACCCCCCUCACCCCCUCACCCCCUCACCCCCCUCACCCCCCUCACCCCCUCACCCCCCUCACCCACCUCACCCCCUCAGUCCCAGCCCGCGGCCCCAGCUCAGUGCAGUCCGGGGCCUGACAGGAGCAGCAUGGAUGACGUGUACAAAGCAGCGCCACAGCCACAGCCACUGCCACUGCCACAGCCACUGCCACAGCCGCAGCCACAGCCACAGCCACAGCCACAGCCACUGCCACAGCCACUGCCACAGCCACAGCCACUGCCACUGCCACAGCCACUGCCACAGCCGCAGCCACUGCCACAGCCACAGCCACUGCCACUGCCACAGCCACUGCCACAGCCACAGCCACAGCCACUGCCACAGCCACAGCCACUGCCACAGCCACUGCCACAGCCACAGCCACAGCCACAGCCACAGCCACUGCCACUGCCACAGCCACUGCCACAGCCACUGCCACAGCCACUGCCACAGCCACAGCCACAGCCACCGCCACAGCCACUGCCACUGCCACAGCCACAGCCACUGCCACAGCCACUGCCACAGCCACAGCCACAGCCACCGCCACAGCCACUGCCACUGCCACAGCCACUGCCACUGCCACAGCCACUGCCACAGCCACAGCCACCGCCACUGCCACAGCCACAGCCACAGCCACUGCCACAGCCACAGCCACAGCCACCGCCACCGCCACUGCCACAGCCACAGCCACAGCCACUGCCACAGCCACUGCCACAGCCACAGCCACAGCCACAGCCACUGCCACAGCCACAGCCACAGCCACAGCCACCGCCACAGCCACUGCCACUGCCACAGCCACUGCCACAGCCACUGCCACAGCCACAGCCACAGCCACCGCCACCGCCACUGCCACUGCCACAGCCACAGCCACAGCCACUGCCACAGCCACAGCCACAGCCACCGCCACUGCCACAGCCACAGCCACAGCCACUGCCACAGCCACUGCCACAGCCACAGCCACAGCCACAGCCACCGCCACUGCCACUGCCACAGCCACUGCCACAGCCACAGCCACAGCCACAGCCACUGCCACUGCCACAGCCACUGCCACAGCCACUGCCGCAGCCGCUGUCACCGCCACCGCCACCGCCACCGCCACCGCCACAGCCACUGCCACUGCCACAGCCACUGCCACAGCCACUGCCGCAGCCGCUGUCACUGCCACAGCCACUGCCACAACCACUGCCACAGCCACUGCCACAGCCACUGCCACUGCCACAGCCACUGCCACUGUCACUGCCACAGCCACUGCCACUGCCACUGCCACUGCCACAGCCACUGCCACUGCCACUGCCACAGCCACUGCCACUGCCAGCCACAGCCACUGCCACAACCACUGCCACAGCCACUGCCACAGCCACUGCCACCUGCCACAGCCACAGCCACUGCCACUGCCACAGCCACUGCCACAACCACUGCCACAGCCACUGCCACUGUCACUGCCACAGCCACUGCCACAGCCACUGCCACUGCCACAGCCACUGCCACAGCCACUGCCACAACCACUGCCACAGCCACUGCCACAGCCACUGCCACAGCCACUGCCACAGCCACAGCCACUGCCACAGCCACUGCCACAACCACUGCCACAGCCACUGCCACAGCCACUGCCACUGCCACAGCCACAGCCACAGCCACUGCCACAGCCACAGCCACAGCCACUGCCACAGCCACUGCCACUGCCACAGCCACUGCCACUGCCACUGCCACAGCCACUGCCACAGCCACAGCCACUGCCACAGCCACUGCCACAGCCACUGCCACUGCCACAGCCACUGCCACUGCCACUGCCACAGCCACUGCCACUGCCACUGCCACAACCACAGCCACUGCCACAGCCACUGCCACUGCCACAGCCACUGCCACUGCCACUGCCACAGCCACUGCCACAGCCACAGCCACUGCCACUGCCACAGCCACUGCCACUGCCACAGCCACUGCCACAGCCACUGCCGCAGCCGCUGUCACCGCCACCGCCACCGCCACAGCCACUGCCACUGCCACAGCCACUGCCACAGCCACUGCCGCAGCCGCUGUCACUGCCACAGCCACUGCCACAACCACUGCCACAGCCACUGCCACAGCCACUGCCACUGCCACAGCCACUGCCACUGUCACUGCCACAGCCACUGCCACUGCCACUGCCACUGCCACAGCCACUGCCACUGCCACUGCCACAGCCACUGCCACUGCCACUGCCACAGCCACAGCCACUGCCACAACCACUGCCACAGCCACUGCCACAGCCACUGCCACUGCCACAGCCACAGCCACUGCCAAUGCCACAGCCACUGCCACAACCACUGCCACAGCCACUGCCACUGUCACUGCCACAGCCACUGCCACUGCCACUGCCACAGCCACAGCCACUGCCACAACCACUGCCACAGCCACUGCCACAGCCACUGCCACUGCCACAGCCACUGCCACAACCACAGCCACAGCCACUGCCACAGCCACAGCCACUGCCACUGCCACAGCCACUGCCACUGUCACUGCCACAGCCACUGCCACAACCACAGCCACAGCCACUGCCACAGCCACAGCCACUGCCACUGCCACAGCCACUGCCACAACCACUGCCACAGCCACUGCCACAGCCACUGCCACAACCACUGCCACAGCCACUGCCACAGCCACUGCCACAGCCACUGCCACAGCCACAGCCACUGCCACAGCCACUGCCACAACCACUGCCACAGCCACUGCCACAGCCACUGCCACUGCCACUGCCACAGCCACUGCCACAGCCACCGCCACAGCCACCGCCACCGCCACAGCCACUGCCACUGCCACAGCCACUGCCACUGCCACAGCCACUGCCACAGCCACCGCCACAGCCACUGCCACCGCCACCAGCCACUGCCACUGCCACUGCCACAGCCACAGCCACUGCCACUGCCACUGCUACAGCCACAGCCACCGCCACAGCCACUGCCACUGCCACAGCCACUGCCACUGCCACAGCCACUGCCACAGCCACUGCCACAGCCACAGCCACUGCCACAGCCACAGCCACCGCCACAGCCACUGCCACUGCCACAGCCACUGCCACUGCCACAGCCACUGCCACAGCCACAGCCACUGCCACUGCCACAGCCACUGCCACUGCCACAGCCACUGCCACAGCCACUGCCACAGCCACAGCCACUGCCACUGCCACAGCCACUGCCACUGCCACAGCCACUGCCACAGCCACUGCCACCGCCACAGCCACUGCCACUGCCACAGCCACUGCCACAGCCACAGCCACUGCCACAGCCACUGCCACAGCCACUGCCACAACCACUGCCACAGCCACUGCCACAGCCACUGCCACUGCCACAGCCACAGCCACUGCCACUGCCACAGCCACUGCCACAACCACUGCCACAGCCACUGCCACUGUCACUGCCACAGCCACUGCCACUGCCACUGCCACAGCCACAGCCACUGCCACAACCACUGCCACAGCCACUGCCACAGCCACUGCCACUGCCACAGCCACUGCCACAACCACAGCCACAGCCACUGCCACAGCCACAGCCACUGCCACUGCCACAGCCACUGCCACUGUCACUGCCACAGCCACUGCCACAACCACAGCCACAGCCACUGCCACAGCCACAGCCACUGCCACUGCCACAGCCACUGCCACAACCACUGCCACAGCCACUGCCACAGCCACUGCCACAACCACUGCCACAGCCACUGCCACAGCCACUGCCACAGCCACUGCCACAGCCACAGCCACUGCCACAGCCACUGCCACAACCACUGCCACAGCCACUGCCACAGCCACUGCCACUGCCACAGCCACUGCCACAGCCACCGCCACAGCCACCGCCACCGCCACAGCCACUGCCACUGCCACAGCCACUGCCACUGCCACAGCCACUGCCACAGCCACCGCCACAGCCACUGCCACCGCCACAGCCACUGCCACUGCCACUGCCACAGCCACAGCCACUGCCACUGCCACUGCUACAGCCACAGCCACCGCCACAGCCACUGCCACUGCCACAGCCACUGCCACUGCCACAGCCACUGCCACAGCCACUGCCACAGCCACAGCCACUGCCACAGCCACAGCCACCGCCACAGCCACUGCCACUGCCACAGCCACUGCCACUGCCACAGCCACUGCCACAGCCACAGCCACUGCCACUGCCACAGCCACUGCCACUGCCACAGCCACUGCCACAGCCACUGCCACAGCCACAGCCACUGCCACUGCCACAGCCACUGCCACUGCCACAGCCACUGCCACAGCCACUGCCACCGCCACAGCCACUGCCACUGCCACAGCCACUGCCACAGCCACAGCCACUGCCACAGCCACUGCCACAGCCACUGCCACAGCCACAGCCACAGCCACAGCCACUGCCACAGCCACUGCCACAGCCACUGCCACAGCCACAGCCACAGCCACUGCCACAGCCACUGCCACAGCCACAGCCACUGCCACUGCCACAGCCACUGCCACAGCCACAGCCACAGCCACUGCCACAGCCACUGCCACAGCCACUGCCGCAGCCGCUGUCACUGCCACAGCCACUGCCACAACCACUGCCACAGCCACAGCCACAGCCACUGCCACAGCCACAGCCACUGCCACAGCCACUGCCACAGCCACUGCCACAGCCACUGCCACCGCCACAGCCACUGCCACUGCCACAGCCACUGCCACAGCCACAGCCACUGCCACAGCCACUGCCACAGCCACUGCCACAGCCACAGCCACAGCCACAGCCACAGCCACUGCCACAGCCACUGCCACUGCCACAGCCACAGCCACUGCCACAGCCACUGCCACAGCCACAGCCACAGCCACUGCCACAGCCACUGCCACAGCCACAGCCACAGCCACCGCCACCGCCACUGCCACAGCCACAGCCACAGCCACUGCCACAGCCACAGCCACAGCCACAGCCACCGCCACUGCCACUGCCACAGCCACUGCCACAGCCACAGCCACAGCCACAGCCACCGCCACUGCCACUGCCACAGCCACUGCCACAGCCACUGCCACAGCCACUGCCGCAGCCGCUGUCACCGCCACCGCCACCGCCACCGCCACAGCCACUGCCACUGCCACAGCCACUGCCACAGCCACUGCCGCAGCCGCUGUCACUGCCACAGCCACUGCCACAACCACUGCCACAGCCACUGCCACAGCCACUGCCACUGCCACAGCCACUGCCACUGUCACUGCCACAGCCACUGCCACUGCCACUGCCACUGCCACAGCCACUGCCACUGCCACUGCCACAGCCACUGCCACUGCCACUGCCACAGCCACAGCCACUGCCACAACCACUGCCACAGCCACUGCCACAGCCACUGCCACUGCCACAGCCACAGCCACUGCCACUGCCACAGCCACUGCCACAACCACUGCCACAGCCACUGCCACUGUCACUGCCACAGCCACUGCCACUGCCACUGCCACAGCCACAGCCACUGCCACAACCACUGCCACAGCCACUGCCACAGCCACUGCCACUGCCACAGCCACUGCCACAACCACAGCCACAGCCACUGCCACAGCCACAGCCACUGCCACUGCCACAGCCACUGCCACUGUCACUGCCACAGCCACUGCCACAACCACAGCCACAGCCACUGCCACAGCCACAGCCACUGCCACUGCCACAGCCACUGCCACAACCACUGCCACAGCCACAGCCACAGCCACUGCCACAGCCACAGCCACUGCCACAGCCACUGCCACAGCCACUGCCACAGCCACUGCCACCGCCACUGCCACUGCCACAGCCACUGCCACAGCCACAGCCACUGCCACAGCCACUGCCACAGCCACUGCCACAGCCACUGCCACUGUCACUGCCACAGCCACUGCCACUGUCACUGCCACAGCCACUGCCACUGCCACUGCCACAGCCACAGCCACUGCCACAACCACUGCCACAGCCACUGCCACAGCCACUGCCACUGCCACAGCCACUGCCACAACCACAGCCACAGCCACUGCCACAGCCACAGCCACUGCCACUGCCACAGCCACUGCCACUGUCACUGCCACAGCCACUGCCACAACCACAGCCACAGCCACUGCCACAGCCACUGCCACAACCACUGCCACAGCCACAGCCACAGCCACUGCCACAGCCACAGCCACUGCCACAGCCACUGCCACAGCCACUGCCACAGCCACUGCCACCGCCACAGCCACUGCCACUGCCACAGCCACUGCCACAGCCACAGCCACUGCCACAGCCACUGCCACAGCCACUGCCACAGCCACAGCCACAGCCACAGCCACAGCCACUGCCACAGCCACUGCUACUGCCACAGCCACAGCCACUGCCACAGCCACUGCCACAGCCACAGCCACAGCCACUGCCACAGCCACUGCCACAGCCACAGCCACAGCCACUGCCACAGCCACUGCCACAGCCACAGCCACCGCCACAGCCACUGCCACUGCCGCAGCCGCUGUCACCGCCACCGCCACCGCCACCGCCACAGCCACUGCCACUGCCACAGCCACUGCCACAGCCACUGCCACAACCACUGCCACUGCCACAGCCACUGCCACUGCCACAGCCACUGUCACUGCCACAGCCACUGCCACUGCCACAGCCACUGCCACUGCCACUGCCACAGCCACUGCCACUGCCACUGCCACAGCCACAGCCACUGCCACAACCACUGCCACAGCCACUGCCACAGCCACUGCCACUGCCACAGCCACAGCCACUGCCACUGCCACUGCCACAGCCACUGCCACAACCACUGCCACAGCCACUGCCACUGUCACUGCCACAGCCACUGCCACUGCCACAGCCACAGCCACUGCCACAACCACUGCCACAGCCACUGCCACAGCCACUGCCACUGCCACAGCCACUGCCACAACCACAGCCACAGCCACUGCCACAGCCACAGCCACUGCCACUGCCACAGCCACUGCCACUGUCACUGCCACAGCCACUGCCACAACCACAGCCACAGCCACUGCCACAGCCACAGCCACUGCCACUGCCACAGCCACAACCACUGCCACAACCACUGCCACAGCCACUGCCACAGCCACUGCCACAGCCACUGCCACAGCCACUGCCACAGCCACAGCCACUGCCACAGCCACUGCCACAACCACUGCCACAGCCACUGCCACAGCCACUGCCACUGCCACAGCCACAGCCACAGCCACUGCCACAGCCACAGCCACAGCCACUGCCACAGCCACUGCCACUGCCACAGCCACUGCCACUGCCACAGCCACUGCCACAGCCACAGCCACUGCCACUGCCACAACCACUGCCACAGCCACAGCCACUGCCACAGCCACUGCCACAACCACUGCCACAGCCACUGCCACUGCCACAGCCACAGCCACAGCCACUGCCACAGCCACAGCCACAGCCACUGCCACAGCCACUGCCACUGCCACAGCCACUGCCACUGCCACAGCCACUGCCACAGCCACAGCCACAGCCACUGCCACAGCCACUGCCACAGCCACUGCCACAGCCACAGCCACUGCCACAGCCACUGCCACUGCCACUGCCACAGUCAGAUACGCCUGCAGACAACAGGAAAUAUACUUAUGGCCACAAGAGGGCAGCAGUGA